AUGGUCCGCAGACCGAGCUGUCAGUGCGGCGGCGGCUCAAGCCGCGCCAGCCCCAGCACCGCUGAGCAGUGCCCCCAGACCCCGGCGCCAGCUGGGGGCGGGAAUGUCUCAUCCAAACCCGGGGCGCCCCCCCAGCCAGCUGUCUGCGCCAGAGGCGGUUUCCCAAAGGAUGCUGGCGAUGGAGCUGCGGAACCCUGACCGUUCCCGAGCCCGUGGCCCUGCGCUCUCUCCCUCCAGGGGGCUGGUGGCUGGACGCUGAACAACUGCCUUCAGUAACGGACCAGUCUUCACUGGCAGCGGCUGGAACUUGGCCCUCAGCCUGGGGUGGCAGCUCUGCUAGCGGCUGGGUUCACUCCUUCCUGGCUGAUGCAGUGCUGAGCUCUGAAAUGUAGCCGAGGAACACCAGCCUGAUGACCGGAGCUGGGCAGGCCAGCAGUGCUCGCCAGAGUGGUCUGGCCUGCUUCCGGGGACCCAGGUGGUGUUACACGUCCAUUUCAUGCUUUGGGGGCUCCAAGUCCCACACAACACUUUCAGCAGAGCCUUGAUUAAAAGGAAGCCUGCAGACUC